AUGCCCCGCCCGCAUCUCCCCGCCUCCUCCCCGCCCGCCGCCACGCACCCCGCUGCCGGAGCCGCCACCAGCCAACGCCGCGCCGCCGCCCGUGCCGCCGCGGCCCCCCCGCAGACCACGGCGCCGCCCGCAGCCCAGCCUCACCCCCGCCGCCUCCUAAGCCUGCCGCCUCCUCCCCGACCCGCCGCCUCCUCCCCAGCUGCCGGCCGCCGGCUGCUCCCCCGCCUCCACGCGCCCGCUCACGCCGCCCUCCUUCGCCCUCCUGCCCUCGCCGCCCUCCUCCGCCGCCCUCCUUCCCUGCCGCCAUCUCCCCUUGCCGCCCUCCUCCCCGGCCCGGCCUGCUCGCGCCGCCCUCCUCCGCCUCCACGCGCCCCCUCGUGCCGCUCUCCUCCUCCUCCUCGCGCCUCGCCGACGCCUGGCCGGCCUCUCCUCGCGCCCCGGCCAACACCGCCCUCUUCCCUGCACACGGUAAGCAACUGGACAUGGGAGGUCAAGCCAGCCCGCGUGCCUAAUAGCUUGCUUGGGGCUCUGAUUAAGAAGUUCUGGCCGGGCAGAUACACUCCCCUUAGCACGGUCCCUGAUGGCGAGACGAAGCUAGCCACUACUUGGGCGGACUAUGAGGAUGCCCUUGCCGUAGGCUUCGCGACAGAUGCUGAGGCUGUGACCACCAAGUUCUGGGUGGCCGAGGCAGCACCUGGGGUGGUGCUUCAUGAUGCCCAGAUAUAUGACAUGAUGCGGACGAAGCAGGAGCCCAAUCCCGCAUUUCCUCAGCCCCAGUACUACGGCAAUGCCAAGGUCUAUGCCGAGGGCAUUGCCGUCGGCGUAGACGCUGGCCUGGCGCUCCUCCGCUUGCCACGUGCAAGCCUAUGCCGAGGGGGAAGCCCUCGGCGUAUGGCUGUUGCUGGCGCCCCGGGGAAGCUGUGGCCACGUGCCACGUGGCCGUCUACGCCGAUGGGGCCGGCCGUCGGCGUCUUGCAUGGUUCCGUUAACGGCGACGGCGCGCUGGCACGCUCUGCCGAGGGCGUGGACACCGAGGGCCGCACGUGGCCGUCGGCGUAG